AAAUUAGCGAAAAUGAAAUGAUACGCCAACGUCAACUCUCUCCUCGUUCCUGCAAGCUCCCCUAGUCAGUCUCGCCGGGUAACCCACGACUGGGCACCACAGCACCACUAGAGAGCGUACCGCUCGGCCUGGGCUUAAAGCGACUACUACUCCCAGGAAACCUCGCGCGAGACCAGGGUCUCUUCCCAGGUGCUAGAGGGUCUCGUCGCACAGCCUUCUGGGGUCCGUAGUCUUGCAGGGUCAUUCGGGAGUUGUAGUUCGCCUCCCACAAUCGGCUGGGCGAGGCGGCGCCGGCGAUCAGAGCAGCGCUGGGUGUUCAGGGGCCAAGAUGGCGGCGCGCCGGGGACGCAGAGACGGAGUCGCGCCGCCCCCGACUGGGGGCCCUGGCCCGGACCCCGGCGGUGGAGUCCGCAGUAGCGGUUGGGGCAGUCGGAGCCAAGCGCCGUACGGGACCGUGGGCGCUAUGAGCGGCGGGGAGCAGGUGCUGGUGCAUGAGGAGGGGGACGACUCUGGCUUUGUCAAUCUGUCUCGGCUGGGCCCCUCUCUGAGGGACAAGGACCUGGAGAUGGAGGAGCUGAUGCUGCAGGAUGAGACAUUGCUGGGGACCAUGCAGAGCUACAUGGAUGCCUCUCUCAUCUCCCUUAUUGAGGAUUUUGGGAGCCUUGGAGAGAGCAGAUUAUCUCUGGACGACCAGAAUGAAGUAUCGCUGCUGACAGCGCUGACGGAGAUCUUGGACAACGCGGAUUCUGAGAACCUGUCUCCGUUUGACAGCAUUCCUGACUCGGAGUUGCUUGUGUCACCUCGGGAGGGCUCCUCUCUGCACAAGCUGCUGACUCUCUCUCGGACGCCUCCAGAACGUGACCUCAUCACCCCAGUAGACUCACUGGGGUCUGGCACAGGCAGCAGUAGAAUGAAUGGGGUUGAGAUGUCUCUUGCAGAUCCUUCUUGGGACUUCUCCCCACCUUCCUUCUUAGAGACCUCUUCCCCCAAGCUUCCUAGCUGGAGACCCCCAAGAUCAAGACCACGCUGGGGCCAGUCUCCUCCCCCACAGCAGCGCAGUGAUGGAGAAGAGGAGGAGGAGGCGGCCAGCUUUGGUGGCCAGAUGCUUGCUGGGGAGCUCAGCAACUCAGUGAGCAGCGUUCCAGACUUCCCCAUGCACUUGGCCUGCCCUGAGGAGGAAGACAAGGUCAUGGAGAUGGCAGGGCCAGUGGCUGGUGAUGAGAGCAUCUCCUCCCUGAGUGAGUUGGUGCGUGCCAUGCACCCCUACUGCCUGCCCAACCUCACCCACUUGGCGUCACUGGAAGAUGAGCUUCAGGAGCAGCCAGGCGAUUUGACGCUGCCUGAGGGUUGUGUGGUGCUGGAGAUUGUGGGCCAGGCAGCCACAGCUGGUGAUGACUUGGAGAUUCCGGUUGUGGUGCGGCAGAUACCUCCUGGACCUCAGCCUGUGCUAUUGGAUGACUCGCUAGAGGCAAGUCCUGCCUUGCAGCUGCUCAUGCCCACAUUGGAGUCGGAGGCAGAGGCUGCUGUGCCUAAGGCAGCCCUCUGUCCUGAGAAAGAUGGCUUGUCACUGGAUUCAGAGAAGAUGGGCUCGGCCUGCUUGUUGGAGCCCAGCAAGGCCAUGGAACCCAAGGGGCUGCAGAACCCACCUGCCAAUACAGUGCUGGGUUCCCAGAGAGCCCGAAAGGUCAGGAGGAAGAAGAGUAAGGAGCAGCCAGCAGCCUGUGCAGAAAGCUAUGCUAGGAGGCUGAGGUCAUCCUGUCGUGGCCAGUCUACCACGGCUACAGAAAGGACCUCUCAGGCAGGCAACUUGCAGAAACAGCCUCAGGAGGAACUUCAAAGAGAGGGUGGGCCACCCCAGGGUAGGGGGAAGCCUCGGGCUUGGGCUAGGGCCUGGGCAGCUGCCUUGGAAAAGCCUAGCCCUGGAAACUCAGAGAGAAGUGCAGGACAAGGUAGUCCUGCUAAAGAAGGUCCUCUAGAUCUUUACCCGAAGCUGGUUGACACUGUCCAAGGCAGCCCUGUCCCAGCCCAUCUCUCGCUGCCUGACUCUGCUGAAGCUGGUCCCCCUGAAGGCGACCCUGUGUUCGUUGACUCUCACCCACCUGACCCAGUGCUAAUUGGCCCUGUUGUGUCUGACUCAGCAGCAGUUGACCCUGCAAGGGUUGUUCCCACCUCAGAUGAUAUACCAUUGGUCGAUGUUGUUGCAGCUGAUCCAGUGCCAGUUGUCAGCCCAACACCAGUUGACUCUGUUCCCAGUGACCUGGCUCCAGUUGACCCUGUGCUAGUUAAGUCCAGACCAACUGAUCCCAGACGUGCAGCAGCGGCGGCAGCAGCAGCAGCCGCCGCCGCAGCCCAGGGGAGUCUAGUUCCUCAUCUCCUGGAGUCAGAGUCCUCAGACUGCACAAAGGCCAUCAUCCCUGAAGCCAGGGAGGUUGUGGGUGCUCUCAAGGUGGAAAGUGGUACCAGUACCACAACCCAGGAAGCCAGACCUCGGCCUCUCAGCCUUUCUGAGUACCGGCGGCGACGGCAGCAGCGUCAAGCAGAGACAGAAGAGAGGAGUCCCCAGCCUCCAGCUGGGAAGUGGCCCAGCCUCCCAGAGACUCCUACGGGGCUGGCAGACAUCCCUUGUCUUAUUGUGCCACCAGCUCCAGCCAAGAAGACAACUCUGCAGAGAAGCUCUGAAGCUCCCCCUGAGGCUUGCUUUGUGCCUGUGGGCCCUAGUCCUGCUUCUGUUAGUCCUGAGCCACCUGUAAGCAAACCUGUGGCCUCAACUCCUACUGAGCAGGUGCUAUCCCGGGAGAUGUCAUUGCCGGCAAGACCUCCCCCUUCUGUGCAGUCUGUGUCCCCUGUUGGGCCCAUGGCUCCCCCCAUGCCAACUGGUCUGCCUUUUCCCCCAGGUGGGCUGGGGAUGCCCCCUAUGCUGCCCCCACCUGCAAGUGGGCAUGGGGUUCCCAGUUUGCCCCCUCCUCCAUUGCAGCCUCCUAGUCUUCCAGUAUCUGUAGGGCCAGUGCCACCUGAUCCCUAUCCUCACUAUGCUCCUGUGCCACCCUGGCCUUGUUAUCCCCCUGUGUCCCCUUCUGGCUAUCCUUGCCUGCCUCCCCCACCAGCUGUGCCCCUGGUGUCUGGUACUCCUGGCACCUACGCUGUGCCCCCCACUUGUAAUGUGCCUUGGGUACCCCCUCCUGCCCCAGUGUCACCUUACAGUUCCACCUGUACCUAUGGGCCCAUGGGAUGGGGCCCAGGGCCACAACACCCUCCAUUCUGGUCUACUGUUCCCCCACCUCCUUUACCUCCAGCCUCUGUUGGGAGAGCUGUGCCCCCAUCCAAGAUAGAGCCCAGUGGCAUUCCAGCUGGCCCUCCUGAUAAUGUACUUUCCACGCCCAUGGCUCCUGCCCUCACUGUUGAGCCAGCUGGCCAUGGAGCUCCACAGAUAGAGCACACCAAGGUAGAGGUCAAGCCUGUGCCUGCAUCUCCUCAUUCGAAACCUAAGGGGUCCUCCUCGGUGCAAAGUCCCCGUGGCAAGGCUCCACCAUGUCCAUCUGCCGAGGGUGUGGCUGUUGCACCUGGGUCAGAGAAGUCUGAGACUCAGGAGAGCAAGCCCAAGGAGAAGUCCCCUUCUCCUGCUACCAGGGCUCUUCCCACACCACGGCAGAGCACUGUGCCCAAGCUGCCUGCUGUCCACCCAGCCCGUCUAAGGAAGCUGUCCUUCCUGCCUGCCCCGCGGACCCAGGGUCCUGAAGAUGUGGUGCAGGCUUUCAUCAGUGAGAUUGGAAUUGAGGCGUCGGAUCUGUCCAGUCUGCUGGAGCAGUUUGAGAAAUCGGAAGCCAAAAAGGAGUGUCCUCCCCCGGCUCCUGCUGACACCUUGGCUGUAGGAAACUCAGGCAGCGUUGACACUCCCCAGGAGAAGAGGCCCCUAGACCGGUUACAAGCCCCAGAACUGGCCAACGUGGCAGGGCUCACCCCUCCAGCUACCCCUCCCCACCAGUUAUGGAAGCCCCUGGCUGCUGUCUCACUGCUGGCCAAAGCCAGAUCUCCUAAGUCCACCGCCCAGGAGGGAACCCUGAAGCCUGAAGGAGUUACAGAGGCCAAACAUCCAGCUGCAGCCUGCCUGCAAGAAGGGGUCCAUGGCCCUAAUCCAGUCCAUGUGGGCUCUGGGGACCAUGACUAUUGUGUCCGGAGCAGGACCCCCCCAAAAAAGAUGCCUGCCUUAGUCAUUCCAGAGGUGGGCUCUCGGUGGAAUGUCAAACGCCAUCAGGAUAUCACCAUCAAACCUGUCUUGUCCCUGGUUCCAGCUGCUCCUAUGCCCCCACGCACAGCUGCCUCCCAGGAGCCACUUGAUCACAGGACUAGCAAUGAGCAGGCAGAUCCCUCAGCACCUUGCCUUGCCCCAUCUGCCUUGCUGUCCCCUGAGGCCUCACCCUGCCGAAAUGACGCGAACACUAGGACUCCCCCAGAGCCUUCAACCAAGCAGCGGUCAGUGCGCUGUUACCGAAAAGCCUGCAGGUCAGCCAGUCCCCCAAGCCGGGGCUGGCAGGGCCGCCGCGGCCGCAGCAGCCGUUCUGUCAGCUCUGGGUCCAACCGGACCAGCGAAGCAUCUUCCUCUUCAUCCUCAUCGUCGUCUUCCUCAUCCCGGUCCCGGUCCCGGUCCCUCUCCCCCCCACACAAGAGGUGGCGAAGGUCUAGCUGCAGUUCCUCUGGACGAUCCCGAAGAUGCUCUUCCUCUUCCUCCUCAUCAUCUUCCUCCUCCUCCUCCUCUUCCUCAUCAUCCAGUUCCCGAAGCCGUUCCCGCUCCCCAUCCCCACGCCGGAGAAGUGACCGGAGGCGGCGGUACGGCUCUUACCGUUCACAUGACCAUUACCAAAGGCAGAGAGUGUUGCAGAAGGAGCGUGCAAUAGAAGAGAGAAGGGUGGUCUUCAUUGGGAAGAUACCUGGCCGCAUGACUCGGUCAGAACUGAAACAGAGGUUCUCUGUCUUUGGAGAGAUUGAGGAGUGCACCAUCCACUUCCGUGUUCAAGGUGACAACUAUGGCUUCGUCACUUACCGCUAUGCUGAGGAGGCAUUUGCAGCCAUUGAGAGUGGCCACAAGCUGCGCCAGGCAGAUGAGCAGCCCUUUGACCUAUGCUUUGGGGGCCGCAGGCAGUUCUGCAAGAGGAGCUAUUCUGAUCUUGACUCCAACCGGGAAGACUUUGAUCCUGCUCCUGUAAAGAGCAAAUUUGAUUCUCUUGAUUUUGACACAUUGUUGAAACAGGCCCAGAAGAACCUCAGGAGGUAACCCUGGGCCCUACCCCCCUCUCCCUUUUUCUUUGGAGGUGCCCAACCUCCUCCAUCCCCCUCCCCCACUCUAGGGGAGAGAGCUGCUAGUGAGGAGAUGACUGUUUUAUAAAGAAAUGGAAAAAAAAGUGAAAUAAAAAUGUGUUAAAUCAGA